UUUCCUUCCUCCCCACCUUGCGGUGCGCAAGUGUAAACGGGACUCUGAUAGGAUCGCGGCGGCGGCUACUGUGCUGUUGCUGAGGUGGUAGCGGCAGCCUCAUUGUCUCAGAUGUGCAGCGGAUUCAAGCCAAGCGCAGUGUCGGAUAACGGGCAACAUUGUCCCUCAUUAACGGGCAACACUGAACAAACGAACCACUUGGUUGGUGGCAUUACAUCUGGUUGCCUCCUCGAAGUCAAACCAGCUCAGGGUUCGAACCCGCGCGUUCUGCGCAGAAUCCGAGAGAGGCGGAAGCCAAAGGAGCUACUCUGCGUUCUAUUUUAGAACGCGGAGACGCGGGCGGCGCGCUGCCAUUGGUCCCUGGUACUCGCCAACGUUCUAUCUCUGGCUUUGAAGCGGCCGCUGAUCUUCCGCAGCGUCCUCUUCGAGGUUGGUGGUGAUGGCAGAUUACGGCCCCAAGCCAGGGAAGAGGCGUGAUGACAGCGGUCUGGGCGGCGUGGUGGACUUCUUGUUGGCCAACGCAAGAGUCGUCCUGGGAGUCAGUGGAGCAGCUAUCUUGGCCAUCGCAACGCUCGCUGUAAAGAGGCUUAUAGACCGUGCCACCAGCCCACCAGAUGAGGAUGAUAUGAAAGCCAAGCAAAAGUCCCUGGAGGAGAGCUGGCAGGAUCUCAGCUUGAUCACAGUGGUGCCCACACCGCAGCUGAAGGCGCGACGGGAAGACCUUGAGGAACCCUUGCUGUCCCCAGCCGAGGCUGUGACUGCACAAGAACCUGAAGUCUGUGUCCCACCCUUGCAGGCCCCACUGGUAGAAUCAAGGACCCUGCUGUGCCUCACGCUUCAGGAGAAGUUGCUCUCUUACUAUAGGGACCACAUCUCUGUCUCUGAGGCAGAAACGACCCAGGGGAAACAGCUAGCCACGGACAUCUUUGCCGAGUUGCAGAACUUUCUGAAAAACAAGUACUCCGAAUUGCCCUUUGGUGACCUGUUCCUGAGCGGGUACCUCUGCGACGGCUUCGCUGGUGGCAACCCCCUCGAGGUUGCCUUCAUGCUUCCUUUGGCACUCGAAUCCAGCCUUUGGCGCUUGGUCCCAGGCGAGCAGACUGUUGUGAACAACCCGUGCUUGGGGAUGAUCAAGCGGACAGGCCUAGAGUUCUUCCCGCGGGGCACAAGCCCCUGGGACAGGUUCCUUGUAGGUGGUUACCUCUCGUCCAACACCAUCAACGAUGCCCUCCGCAAAAUAUUGAUGGCCUCCAUCAACUGGCCGGCUAUCGGCAGCAUGCUGGACUGCAUCGUCAGGCCUAAAAUGGCUUCCCGGGAGCUCAGGUUAGAGGCCAGGCAUGAACAGAUCCAUGUGGACAUAGUCCUCUGCCCGAUGGUGGAAGCCGGGGAUAAGAUAUUUCUUGCUGCAUCGCUUGAAGAACCCGUAGAGAACCUCUGGCGGCAAAGUUUUUAUGCAGCAGAGGUUUCCAAGCUUAAAGAGCUGGACGCUGGGGAUUCUGGCAUUCGGCAGCAUUGCCUUGGUAUCUUGAAGGCUGUCUUUGAGAGGCACCCCUUCUGGAGCAAGUUGACCGGCAGUCACGUGACUCAUGUCCUCCUGCACCUGAGUGAAACGGAACUCGAUUGGUCCGAGGCGAUGCUGGCGGAGAGGCUGCAGAAAGUGCUAGAGGAGCUGCUGCAGUAUCUGGAGAAAGGUGCCCUCCCUUGCUAUUUCGACAGCAGGAUAAACCUCCUCAGCCACCUGCUCUUGGAGGAAAUAGAAGAAAUUGGCUACACGUUGUAUGGGGCUUUAUCGGAGCCGGAUCUCGUGACCGGGCUUGGCUUAUGAGCGACUGGCUUGCGUGAUGGUGGGGGAGGCUACCUGCACAUGUCCACUUUGGGACUGAAUGGCUUGGAGGAAGCUCUUCUGUUGAUGCCGGUUGCAGCUCAUUGCACCGGAACGAAAUGUGAAGUAUUAACUCUUGAAGUAAAAUGGGUUUGGGUUGCCAGACAGGGCAUCACACCUUCUCCCCCUUGGAUCUUUCUGCAACCUGGGCCUGAGGUAGCCACAUGUUACUCUGCAGGAAUGCAGAAGCAGAUGAGAAGAGUGGGGUCAUGCGAAGAACGCCCAGGGCUGGAUCAGGGGAGGUUCUUCACUUUUAUCUGGUUUCUGCAUCUCUGUGGGAUGGAGUUAUGAGGAAGUGGUAACACUACGGCCCCAUAAAAGAACGAGGCCCUUACCACAAUGCUUGACUCUCUUAGGGGUUGCUUUAUUGCACAACCUGAAAUCCUAGCGCGGGGGAUCAAGGUGGAAGGGUAUUUGUAGUUCUUUUGUAGUUUGGAUUCCACCGCUGAUGCAGAAUCGGCACGUUCCACCCCCCCCCACUGCGGAAACGACUACAAAACUAGCACAAGAUCACCCCAGGUGCUUGCAUGCAUUGGGUGCUUGGGGGAAACAAGUCAUGUGGUGUUAAUGACAUGUCCGUGUCCCCUGGGGUGUCCCACACACCAAGACUGCAGCUUCCGACGGUCUGUGCAGCAUGUGGCUAAAAGUUGGAGGCUUAAGAAUUCGACUAGUCUGCAUUGCUGCUGAAAGUGACCUUUCCUGAUCAGAGCACCCCUAGUCGGGCAUGGGGUGAAUCUUCUACCUCACAGAUUUGCAAACCCAUUUUCCUCGCCGAUCAGUUGUAACUGUGGCCAGCACACCAAGUGCCAAAGGGAGGGUGUGGGGGGAAGAGGGGUCGAUCUGGGGUGUUCUUGCAAUCGGUGAACUGGGAAACCUAUUCAUCGCGAUCUCUUUUGCCAAUGUCAAGCCAACUUAAUGCUUUUGUUGCUGAUUUCUGUCGAAAGCGAGUGUUUCCAGUUGUAGAAAUGAGUGACUCUUGCAGGGUUUUUUUUUAAUGCUUCCCCUGUUCCUUGCUAUAGUUGUGCACCUACUGGCAUGUAAAUACACUAAGGUGGACAAAAUACUCUGUACUGCUAGCACUGGACGCAGCGCAAAGCUGUAGUGGUGCUUCUGUGCCUGGGGUGGUGCUGACUGGGCGAAUAAGACCUGGGUGAAUAAAAUUAUGCAGAAUUGGA